AUGACAGCUGUGUGGCAACAAGCACUUGCUUUAGACGCCAAAUUCAAUGCUUACAGAACGCCAAACAAUCCCCAGUUUAACACUUAUAUCAAAGACACCUUGGACCAUUUAAACCUCGACUCAAGGACAUCUCGACACAGAAAAAGGGAUCCAGCUGUGAGGAAGGAGUUUCUUCCUAUCCGAGCUCAACUUCUAACUUCCAAAUAUGGAAGCCCUGCAUUCUCAGAUCAAGGGAGUAUUAGAAGCAGAUCAUUUAGUAUGAGAAGUGUCGGCCGGAACACAUUAGAGAGUUUUGACAAUUUGGCAAUCUCUGAUGGGAAAAAGCACCACAGAAGACACCUUAGUAGUGGAUCUAUGAAGCUGUCUUUUGAUGGACCAAUGAAAAGAGUUUUUGACAGCAUUGAACUUGUUCCAACAAAAGAAGCAGAUGCCAGCAGGGCAAUGGCUGGAGGAAAGACUAUUUCAGAAAAUUAUGCUUUUGCUGGAAUGCAUCACAUCUUUGACCAACACACAGCUGCAGUGAGCAGUGUGAAGUUUGCCAAUGAUGACAGAUCUCGUGUGGCCUGCUCCUCUCUGGAUGGAACCCUCUCUAUAUGUCAGGUCAUCCCCCCUCCAGCCACGGUCAUCUGUAUGCUGCGGGGGCAUAAGGCUGGGGUCAGAGACUUUGUGUGGUCCUUAUCCAAUGACAUUAUUUUAAGUGUGUCACUAGAUGGCACUGCUAAGAUCUGGGAUGUGGCAGCAGGAAGUUGCAUCAGAACCAUUGAAGAUGAACAAGGGGGAGAACUCCUGUGUUGUGCUUUCCAACCUCUCAAUAACAAUAUGUUUGUUACUGGCAACAGUAAACACAUGGUCCAAGUGAUCAAUGUCUCAACUGGGAAAGGAGUGAAGGGUGGCAGCAGCAAAAUAACUGGCAGUGUCACAGCUAUUACUUUUGACCCCACAGGAAGGAUUUUAUGGGCGGGGGAUGACAAGGGAUCAAUAUUUUCAUUCACAAUAGACAUAGCUACUGGAAAAUUAACAAAGACGAGGAGGAUCACAGUAUCAGAAGGUCACCCCAUCACCAGCAUCUCUGCCCGGGCCUGGAUCAGCAGGGAGGCAAGAGACCCCUCACUAUUAGUCAACUCCUGUAUCAAUGCCAUGUGUCUGUUCAGGAUUAUCACAGAUGAUGGUGGACUACAACUUAAGAAGACUUUCCCAGUAAAACAGAAAAGAUCGCACAUCAGGAGUACAUUCUGUCCCCUCAUGUCCUUCAGACAGGGGGCUUGUGUCAUAUCUGGAAGUGAGGAUAUGUGUGUGUAUUUCUUUGACAUUGGAAAGGACAGCAAGCCAUGCGUGAACAAACUUCUAGGUCAUUCCGCUCCAGUGCUUGACGUCUGCUUUAACUGUGACGAGAGUUUGUUAGCUUCCUGUGAUGAACAGGGACUGGUUAUUAUUUGGAAAAGAGAGGGAAAACAAGGGGCUUUAUAGCAUUAUUCAGCUUCAUGUGAUGAAUGGAGACUGGUCAUUAUUUAGAAAAGAGUGGGAGAACAAUGUUCAGUUUUCAGCUUCCUUUGAUGAAAAGGGACUGGUCAUUACCGUAUACACUCGCCUAUA